GGGGACUGUGGGACAGCAGUCCUGGCACUGAGCCUCUGCAGAUGCCUGCAGGUCUGAAGGAAGACUCGUUCAACGUGCUGGACCUGGCAGAAUACACCAAGAACCGGCCCUGGUGGCGCAAGGUCUUUGCCCCCAGCUCGGGGUCGAGUGCUGAGAAAUACAAUGUGGCCACGCAGCUGAUAAUUGGAGGGGUCACAGGAUGGUGUACUGGAUUCAUCUUCCAGAAGGUUGGAAAGCUGGCAGCGACAGCUGUGGGAGGUGGCUUUUUCCUGCUUCAGAUUGCAAAUCACACCGGAUACAUCAAGGUGGACUGGAAGCUGGUGGAACGGGACGUGAACAAAGCCAAGCAGCAGCUGAAAUUUCACAGCAGUGGUAACAAAAUGUCUCCAGAAGUGAAAAGCAGAGUGGAUGAGGUGAUCAUAUUUCUGAAGAAGAAUGUUAUCCUGACUGGAGGGUUUGCUGGAGGAUUCCUGCUUGGAAUGGCAUCCUAGAAACUGCACUCGACUCUCUCUUCAUGCCCAGCCUCCUCUGCCCACCUCUACUGUUGUUCUCUCUCACUUAGAAGUGAAAGGAUGUUGCUGACAGGCUCAGUCCAUUCUUCUCACAGGUUCCAGCCGUUAUUUCUCACAACACUGCUUCCAAUUUCCAACUUUUUAUUCUGUUUGAGCUGUUAGGGUGUUGGGAAUCUAUCUGAAAGCUUAUUACUCCUGAUGUGUCAUUGCAAUUCCUUGCCCUACCAAAUAUGCCCAGACCCAAAUUUUCUGAGUUACAGCCUCAUAAACAUGUA